AUCCCCAACACCAGGGCCUUUCACAACAUCACCAAGAUUCAAGACGCCCUCGACCUCUUCGAGAGGCUCAAGAAGGACGCGCGACUGAAGGAGUUCGACGCUCAGAACCAGGAGGAGUUCGAAGACGCUGCUGGCAACGUGCUGAGCAAGAAGACCUACCAAGAUCUUCUCCGCCAAGGCCUCUUGUAA